GCCUGGAGCCGGACGGUGUGUCGUUGUGGAGGCUGUUUUCUGUCUGUCAGUUCCCCCUGUUCCCGGGGCCUGAGUGCAGGCCGCACCCCGCACAGACAUGUUCUCAGCACUGAAGAAGCUGGUGGGCACCGAACAGGCCCCGACCAGGGACAGGAUCAUCCCCGCCGGGCUACAGAGCAUGAACCAGAGCCUGCAGCGGAGGUUCGCCAAAGGAGUGCAGUACAACAUGAAAAUUCUGAUUCGAGGUGACAGAAACACAGGAAAGACUACACUUUGGCACAGACUACAGGGCAAGAAGUUUGUGGAGCAGUACAUUCCAACACAGGAGAUCCAGGUCACCUGCAUUCACUGGAGCUACAAGACAACAGAUGACAUUGUGAAAGUGGAGGUGUGGGAUAUAGUGGAUAAAGGUAAAAGUCGGAAAAAAGGAGAUGGCCUGAAACUGGAGAAUGACCCACAAGAGUCGGAUGCAGAGCCAGCUCUAGAUGCAGAGUUCCUGGAUGUCUACAAGAACUGUAAUGGUGUUAUCAUGAUGUUUGACAUCACCAAGCAAUGGACAUUCAGUUAUAUCAUGAAGGAGCUCCCAAAAGUGCCAGACCACAUUCCAGUCUGUGUGCUUGGGAACCAUCGUGACAUGGGAGAGCAUCGGGUCAUUCUUCCCGAUGAUGUCAGAGACUUCAUAAAGAGUAGCAACAGGUCACCCAGAUCAUCCUAUAUUCGCUAUGCAGAAUCAUCAAUGCGGAAUGGCUUUGGCCUGAAGUAUUUGCACAAGUUUUUCAAUAUUCCAUUUCUCCAAUUGCAGCGAGAGACGUUAUUGAGGCAGCUGGAGACCAACCAACUUGAUAUCGAUGCCACACUGGAAGAACUGUCUGUACAGAAUGAAACUGAGGACCAGAACUAUGAACUAUUCCUGGAGCUGAUGGAAACCAAGAACCGGGGUUUCAAUUCUCCCAUAGCAACCAAUGGCCAAAGCCCAUCAUCUGGAUCACAGUCACCUGUGGUACCCCCAAGUUCAGCAUCCACUACCAACUCCAGCCCUGGAACCCCUCAAGCUCCUGUGCAAGCAUCUCCCACUCCACCAAUGUCCCCUCCACCGGCAUCAGGGUCACCCCUGACUGACCCAGGCCUGGCGCCUGAGGUGUCCCCCACACCUCUCAAUGCUCCCCCUGUUGCCAGCAGCAACCAGGCUGCACCGGUUACUCAGCGUCGCAGCUUCAUCUCACGACUGUUUGGUCCCUCUUCCACACCAGAACCUCCUGUUACCAAGGCUGAUACUACAUCUCCGAUCUCCCCGGAGGGAGAAGUGAAAACACAGAAUGUUGAUGACUUCGCCCCUGAUGAGGGAAUUGACAAGAGCUUCCUCGAGGAUCCACCACCCCAGAAGGAAAGCAACUGCGGGACACAGCAGGACAGCGACAGUGACGGGGAGCGGAAGGGGAAUCCUAUGGUCACAGAUUUCCAGGAUGACUUAGAUCUCGAUGACCAGAUGCUGCAGGAUCCAAGUGUAAAAUCGCAGAUUCCCAGUAAAAACAUCACACUGUCCAGUGAUGAAGAUGAGAGUGCAAAAGUCACCGUUUGUCCAGAUUCACCAAAACGGGCUUCCAAAAGUUUGUUAAAGUCCCAGGGCAGAGCUCCAACCAAAGCUUUCAAGCAGGACCUUAGCAUCAGUUCAUCUGCUAUAAAAUCAGCCUCCAGCUUGUCUGGGAACAGUUUUCUGACUUCAGCCCCACCUCUGGCCUCUCCACUCAUCCCAGUGCCAGCAUCACUCCACACAACUGAGGGUAAAGGUCAGAGCAAACUGACAACUCAAGAAUGUGGGGAGUCAUCAGAGAGUGAUCUUGAGGGACCAAUUGCAAAGCAGUUGCUGUCUUUUGUCAUGGAUGACCCAGACUUUGAGAGUGAUGAUUCCAAUAGAAAAAACACAACUGAGACAUUUCCGGUUCGAGAGGACAGCUCUGAGCUCUCCAACGAUGAAUUCAGUUUAGGAAAGCUCAGUGUGCCAGUGAAGCCGUCAACCCAGACCAAAAAGCAAACUACUGACUUCGACUUGUUUGGCUUGGGCAUCGAUACUAAAACUCCUGCAGCUCCAGAAAGCAGCAAUGAAGAGAAAACCAGCAAGGGUUCCUCCAAAGAAAAGAAGAAAAAGAAGAAAAAGACCCGAGAGGAGGAUGAGAAAUUGGAGAAAAAGAGACACAAGCCAAGGAAAAGUAAAGAGAAGGAGAAAGACGAAACCGAGGAGAGACCAAAGAAGGAGAAGCAAGUGACAUCUGACGACAAGAGGAGGAGGAAGAAAGUGAAGACCAAGGACAAAGCUGAUGAGGACAUGGAGGAUUUGGAGAAGUUUCUAAUUGGCAGCGGUGAUAGUCAUGUUGUGAGGAGCAAGGGGAGUGGAGACUACGAGGAACUAUAGACUUGGCCUGAAUUCUGCAUUGUCUUCAUAUUACUUCCCUGUUCCCACACUUUUAAAAAUUCCCCUCUAACAUUGGCACAGACGUGUGCCUGAGCUUUAUGGAAGAAACUGUACCAAGCUCUGGGAAUUCCACCCGUCUCCCAUCACAGGCUGAUUUUGUACAUUUCUAACUAUUUAUAAGGUGCGUUGUUUAGAAGGUGUACUGCUGUGAUCCGCAGCCCGAGUUAGCUCCAGCUGUCUGGUUACUUUAACCAAGUGAUCAGUGCCUUGGCAGCUGUAGUGUCAUUUUCUUUUGCCAGUCUCUUGAGAACUGAGAGGGCUCUGCAAAGUUGGAAAAGAAAAUUUUAGCCUUGAGCCCUGUUACCCCCCAUAGAAUCCAUGGUGUGUGAAUCAUAUCUAGUUUCAGGAUCUAUGAGCAGGUGCAGCCUUACUGCAGCCCACGGCUCUGUUUAUUUGCCUGUUUGUGGCCAGAUAAGAAUGGCUCAGUGAAAGACCCAGCCCAUCCAAAUUCUCUGCCAGUUACAUUGCACAGCACUGACGAGCAACUCCCUCCCACCCCAAAAGUUUUGAUGGCUGCAUGAUGCUAAAACCCUUGAGACAUCUGAGAGCUGAGGAUGCUUUGUCUCUUUCUCCUUCACCAUUUCCAAAAUUAGCCUUUCCUUUCCUUUGUAAUUCCCCAAUCCUUAAAAGCCACUUCAGUAAGAGUUUGGGUGUUUCAUUCAGCAAACCAUAUACCGCCGCUCCUCCACCUGGUGUUCGUUGCUGGUUUCUCAUUACCUCAAUUGGGUUGCCAGCAUAUUAGGAAUGAGUGAGGAUUCACAUCUGUCCGAGCUUUGUCUCAAACUUUUAUUUCCAUCCUCUUUCAUUUAGAAAGUCUGGGAAGUAGCUUGCUGUGACUUCAAAUUGAGUGAAAAGAAGGGCACAUGUAAUUAAUGCAAGCUACAAUUUCAAAUAAAACUGUAAUGAUUAGUGCCUAGUUGUUGGGUGAAGCGAUUUUAAUGGGUAGUGAAGGAACCUACUAGUGAGUUAACCAAUAAACUCCCUGAACCAACAUUGGACCUGUGCAUUACCCGGUUCUUGGCUAUGUGCAUUAUGACAUUGUUAGACUAUCUGAGGCCUGAAAGUCUCUGCUGAAUGGAUGGCUGAAUACAAGAGCCAGGAGAUUGGAGAAGAUCAGUCAAGGUCACUAUGAUCUGACUAGGAAUUGGAGCUAUCAUUCUUGAGGGCAGCUAUUAUGGAGCAAAUGCUAAGACUGGAGCUGACACUCUCAUUUGCAGUACAGUUUACAAUGCUGCGGUUGUGGGAUUUUUUUUUUUGAAACACACUCUGCAAUGCAGACUAUGUGCUAGAGCUUGUCAGUAAGUGGGACCAUGUCCACUCCAGCCCCAUCAUCCUGAUAUAAGGUGCAGGAUUCAAGCAACUGCCUCCUCCUCAAUCAUUACCUUUGUGCCCAAUUAGGUUUUACCAAUCAAGUGCCAGGGUAUAGCAAACCAGCAGUAAUUCUCUUCUGUUUUGCAAGAGUCUUGUUGCAACCAAGGCUGUUUCAUUGCCCUGCUAGGGGGCUAAUGCUGGUGCCAGUUUAGUGCUGUAUUGGUGCACUCUUGUUUGUUUAGUGUUUUCCCCCUCACCUUCUAUUUGUUUUUUCUACUUUGUGCUGUGUUCACAUUUUCCUUUUCAUCCUGUGUUUGUGUUUUCAUUUCCCCUGCAUGUGGUGUUUGCGAUUCUGUUACCCCCCUCCAAAUCCCUGGUGGUGAUUGGCUUUUGCUCCCCUGGCACUGUGCUUGCCUUUGCUCUCCCUCUGCUUGUGUCUACCUUCUUCCCCAUCACACCAAGUUCUGCUGAUUUGCUUUCCUUUGGUCACUCCAUUAGCUCUACACCUGGCUUAUUGCUCUGUCAGGCUCCUGAGAGUUGGAUGUCACACAGCAACUUUAUGCUGGUGUAGGACAAUGUUGCCUUUUGUAGAGUUGGCACUUGAGUUUGCCUGCAGCUCAAACAUGUCUUCACUCAUGAAGAAGAUCCCCUUGUCUUUCGAUCAUGUCAUUCAAAACUAAACAAAGCAAUCCUUCCCUAUUUAAGGUUGAUCAAGUUUCCUGAAUAGGAAUUGCUCUGACGACAUGUAAUAUUGUAUGUUGUGGUUCUCAAACAGGCUAUGGGAUCGUUUGCAGUUUCUAAGUUCUGAACACUCAGAGUGGAGGAGUAUAGAAUUUCCAGUAUAUUAUCAUUGUUUCCUCUGUUACUUCACAUCAUGUCUCAAAGGUUUAAACCUGUCAAAGAUUUCACAACUUGAACAUUAUUGAUCAAUAUUAAUCCUCUAAAAUUGCUUCAGAUUGGCAGCUUUGGAAUACAGCAAGUCCUUGCUUAAAAUUGUGGUUGUACUCCUGAAAGUUGCAACUCGAAGCGAAAUGGCUGAUUCCUAUGGGAACUAUGAUUCACAAUGUUAAAGUCAGAAUUGGGUUCCUUUUGGAAUUUUUUUGCCCAGAGUAAAAUAAUGUACAAGUUUAAAUACUUGUACGAUACAUGUACAGCACUGUGUAUUUCUAAGUGAAAUAACUUACAAAAUGUAAUAAUCAUUAAAUGUGAGGUACAAUGCAGUACACCCCUGUAUGAUAUUUUAAACAAUACAGUGACUUGUAUAUUUACAUUAGCUUGGCCCCACAUAGUGGCACUUAUUACGUGGUGCAGGGAGUUACAGAAUCAUCUGGAAGCCUCAUCUGGUGGCACAAGUUCAGAACAGCAGUCAGGAGAAAGGAGUUGUGCAUGUCUGUGUGUGUUAGAGAUGAGGUCUCUGUUGCUCUUUGCAUCUAGUCAGCCCUGGAUCCUAGCUACUUGAAGAAUCACCUAGAGAAUAUUCAUUCUUCUACAAACAACAGCAAGUGUUUGACAACAAUUCAACAAAACUGCUAAUGUUCAGAAUAGUUAUCACCACACUCCUGUGUGGAUGAGCAUGCACUGCCAGCCAGCUGCCCCUUCCCCAUAUCCCUGGAGAGAGUCGGGAAGCUCAGUUACUCAUCGAGUUGUCAUUUCCUUUUCUGGAUGAUUCCUUGGGAUGUAACCAUCCAGGGUAAGAAGCAGCAAAGACUCUAUCACAGUCUCUCCCCUCCCAAUCUGAAAUGUCUAAGCAACAACGUCUAGAUUUUGUGACUCGCUGAUUUGAGUUCUGAAGCUGAGGUAGAGUUUUUCUAUUUCUGGUUUCUAAAAUCUCGAAUGCAGCAUCUAUGAUCUGGCUAGCUUGGUUUUGCAAUCCAAGCAUUUGCUACUGUUUUAUCAAGGGAAUGAGUAGAAGAAAGGGGCUCAAAUCAGUGGCUCUUGUUGAUCAAGUUUGGCCUCCCCUUUGUUACAUGAUCUAGACUCUUUCUCAGAGUAGCCUUUGUUCUGCUGGCCGGUGCGUAAGGCGCACAGGAGGCUGUGUGGGCCAUUCUCACGCAAUUCCCUGUGAUUUCCAGCAGCUCUGAACCCAGUCAUUUGUCGAAGGAGCAGGAGGAAAAGUCUUGAGGAAAGUGGACCCAAUCUCUGAAAUGCAGAUGGAUAGGGAGAGUUUCUGCCACCACAUGGUAAGUGUGCCUGGAAUUUGCUUUUAGAUUUUUAGUUUGAGGUUAGAACAAGAGCUGUUUGAAAUAGCUCCCAAGUAAGCCCACUCCACUGUUCUCUUUUCCCAGUACAGUCUGAACAUUUGAGCCAGAUUGAUACCACAGAGAGGCCGCAAUUUUCAAACCUUCACAAAAUGCUGAUGAUUCUGAGGGCCAUUUGGAGCAAUCAUGAUUGGGAUUGAUAAUUUUUUGGGGGUGCAGUGGGUUUAAGGAAUAGGGAGCAAAAGCGAUAAAUGGUGUUUAGAUGCAGAUCAACCAAUGGUGACACUAGCUUGAGGGUCUGAUUCAUCUCCUCUUCAAUGUUUGGAGAAUUUAUGCUAAAGGUCCCUGACUUAAAAGGCAGUUUCCAAAUAUGGACAGAUUGUUUGCAUUGCUCAUUAACUGACACUAAAGGAAUGGGGGUUGGGCUAUUCAAGGACAGCUUGCUCAUUCACCAGCUCAAACAAGUGUAAUGGUCAGAUCCGCUCCCUCUGGCUGAUAGUUUGUGAAAAUAGUCAGUUACAGGUUAGUGGUGGAUGCCCUGGGACCUUCCUUUGCACUCUGUAUGUAACUUAUCUUCAACCAUGUUUGUUCAUUAAAGGCAAAAAAAAUUUUCUCGCUUAA